AUGUUGUUUCUCUCUCCCCGCCUCCGUCCACUAGUUUCUCUUUCCAUUUUCUUCAAAUUUUUCCCAACUCUUUGUUUUGUGUGCUUCUCUUUUCCGCCAAACUACUCACACAUACACAUUCACUUUUAUUUUCUCUCUUAUUGUUUUUUUUCUUCUCUCUCCGCCCACUCCAAAAAAAACAAACUAUUUACUGUUGCUUCCUCUUUCCCUGAAAAUUUCAUUCACGAAUUUUCUUUCAUUCCGUCCUUCUAUUCUUCUUCUUCUUUUUUUUUGUUAUUGUUGUCUUUCUUUUUUUCAAUCCUGCGUCUCGUUAUUCCUUUUAUCCUUUUUCCUAAUCUUCCUUUCUCACUCUCUUUAUUCUCUUCUUUCUUUUAUUUCCUUCUGUCUUUUUCUUCUCUUUUUAUUCGUUUUCCUCAUUUUUUUCUUUCUCUUAUUCUGUACUCUUCUUUCGUUUUCUUUUUUUUUCUCUUUCUUUUUUGUCUUUUUUUUCAUCUUUCCCUGUCUUUUUUUUCAUCUUUCCCUGUCUUUUUUUUCAUCUUUCCCUGUCUUUUUUUUCAUCUUUCCCUGUCUUUUUUUUCAUCUUUCCCUGUCUUUUUUUUCAUCUUUCCCUGUCUUUUUUUUCAUCUUUCCCUGUCUUUUUUUUCAUCUUUCCCUGUCUUUUUUUCCUUUUUUGUUUGUUUUCCUUCUUUUUCUUUCUUUCUUUUCAUCUUUUUCGUCUUUUUUUUCUGUCUUCGUAUCUACAUUGUCCUUUUCUUCGUCUUUUUCCAUUCUUUCUUCUUUCUUACACAUUUUUCCCCUUUUCUUCAUCUUUUUUUACUUCCUCAUUAUCUGUUUAUUUUUUUCCUUUUCUUGUACUCUUUUCUCUUUUCCUUUCAGCUUUCGCCUUUUCCUUUUUCCUUUUCCACUACCUUCAUAUUUACCAUCGUUUCUCCUUCACCGAACAUUUUUCAUUUUUAUAUUCCUUCCAUUGCUUAUCUUAAUCAUUUUUCCUAUCUUGUACCCCACCUCCUCUGUUCUCUUUUUCUAGCUCUCACCAUUUCUCUCUCCCCACCUCUUAAUCGACCUACCCCUACUUAA